CGCGGGGAGAUUGAUGGAGCGAGGCGCAUCAGCGCACAGACUCGUCGGAUUCGGAUCGCAUGACUCCACAUAUAUCGCAAAUACCUAUGCAUGAGACAGUCUCACGAACUGCAAUUUACACGAAUUCGGACCAGUAACAGUCAAUGGGGCGACACCUCCACCUUUCAAUCAAGCAGUAAGCUUGUCGACGGAUCAUCCUGGGCUAGGAACUCCUCAAGCCGUUUGAUCAAUCAACGUGACAUUUUGCACCGACUCAGCCCUGGGUUCCCAGACGCGAUACAGUCAUGCCUGCAACGACAAUCCCGCAGACACCCUCUCUCUCCACAUACCUCAAGUCCCUGAAACACAAUGACAUUGAGACCUCGAUCGAACUGUUCAUAUCCUUGCUCAAGCGGCGCCAGAUAAAAAACUCGAGACCUUGUGCGAUUGCCACGACCCAUUUAUUACUUCACGUUGUUGCGGCAGAGCGCAUCCGCGACGCUUCGAAACUGAUCCAGCACGUUCGCGAUGUGGGCCGAAGACUGGUCGCUGCUCAGCCGCGGGAGAUGGCCGUCGGCAACAUUGUGCGACGAGUCCUUGGUGUCAUCCGCGAAGUCGCAGAGGAGGACCAGGAUGCGGCAGGAGGCACUCCGCUGUCUCCGCCCACCCCUCUGACUCCUGUCCCGGGCGAGACCCUCCAAAGGCCUCCGUUACCGACCAAGAUGUCCGAGUUUAGCCCGCUUCAUGGGGCAGCAGCGCUUCCGCAGGAUUUACUGGCGACAGCAGCCAGUUCAACUCAAGACUGGCAGUCAGAAGACGCCGCCCAGCGGCCGCUAUUACCCGGAUCGAGCACAUCUUAUGCGGGACAACCGCCUUCAGUGACGUCCCUCUUCAGCAUUCUUCAGCAGCCUGCAGGCCGCUCUCCUUUUGCCACUCCGCCAACCGCUUCGCAGUCUCCAUUGAUAAAGCCAGUACCUCAAACGCAUGACGAUGAAGUCAAGGAGAAGCUUGACAUCAAAGCCGAAGUCAUCAACGGCAUACAAGAAUUGCAGGAUGAGCUGGACGUGGUAGACACUCAAAUCGCCGAGUCUGCUCUGGACCACAUCCACAGCAACGAGAUCAUACUCACACAUACGUCCUCGCAAACUGUGCAGAGAUUCCUCGCAACGGCAGCACGAAAGCGCAAGUUCACCGUCGUCCAUGCAGAAGCCUACCCGAACGAUCACGAGGCAACGCACGCCACCAUUGUUAACGGUGGCAAGAAAGGGUCCGGUGAGGACGAAGAAGGCGGCGACGAGCGGUGGAAGCCUCUCACAAGCAUGGGCAUUACCGUCAUCCUCAUCCCAGACUCUGCAGUCUUUGCCCUCAUGUCGCGCAUCAACAAGGUGAUCAUGGCCCCUCAUACCGUGCUUGCGAAUGGCUCGUUACUGGCUGCUGCCGGCGCGGCAACGAUCGCGCAGGCGGCGAAACAUCACCGGGUGCCUGUAGUGGUGCUGAGCGGAGUCUACAAACUCAGUCCGGUGUAUCCGUUCGCAACGGAUGAUCUGAUCGAAUACGGAGAUCCGAGUAAAGUUGUCGGAUUCGAGGAAGGGGAGUUCAUGGAGAAGGUGGAUGUUGUGAAUCCGAUCUAUGAUUGGGUGGACAGUGAGCUGGUGGACCUCUACAUUACGAAUCUUGGAGGAUGCGCGCCCAGCUUUCUGUAUCGCAUCGUGGCGGAUCACUACCGUGUGGAAGACAUCGAUCUGAGUGCGAAGUAGACCAAGCCUGAAGCAAUAGCAAGAUAUCGCCCCCAAACGCAGUCGUCGUUCGUCCUUCGCUUUGACAUGUGAACGGGAUGGCGCCACCGGCGAUCCCCUUUCUCGGCCCGCCAACGCGAUCCACUCGAGAUCGUCAGUGCUUCCCAAUGGCUUAACCCCACCUCCCGUCGCCGAGAGACAUUUCAUAGAUUGCGGCCAGCGAUGCCUCGAAAGGGUCAAACAACAGACAUUCACCCUUUCGACAGCUACACGCAGAUCUGACCAAACCUUCACUU